GUUUUGUCCGGUCGACUCGACCGAGUCUGGUCAGUUUUUUUAAACAUAGGUUUUCAAGCGAUAAUUACGAGGGUUAUGCUCAACCCCGGUGAACAAAAUGGUACCGUACCGGGCUCGACGCCGUCUACCAGGCUUCAUCUGCCACAAAGAAGUAAAAGAGAAGAUGAAGAUUAAUAGGGCAAGCGGUGGUGAGUGCCGAUGAAGCCGAUAUCCUCCGCUGCGCAGUCGGCGUAAGGUCGUUGAAUUGCUUCAUACAUAGUGUUGAGUUUGCGGUUCCUGUCUAAUAUAAUACAACUAUGAGCGGCGAAAUAGCACCCGAAUUUAUGGAAGAUGAAUCUGACACUGACAGUGGAGAAGAAAUGAACGAAGAUGAGGAAUUUUUUUUUGAACAGGAAGAGAUGGAAGUGGCUGGAAGAGGAGAAGACGAGGACGACACAAGUGACGACACAAGUGAUGAAGACACAAGUGAUGAUGAAGAAUUUAGGGAGGAAAGGAAUGGAGAAACAAAUGAACAGAAGGUGUCGGUUGAUCGGAUCAGUGGUUUGCCUGAUGGCCUGCUUGCUAGCAUCCUCUCACAUUUGGAUACAAAGGAAUCUAUGGUUACUAGUGUGCUGUCCAAAAGAUGGAGAUAUCUCUGGAUGUUGGUGACAAAGCUCAAAUUCAGCGAAGAAAGUUUGGAGAUUGAGAAAAUUCGCAAAUUUGUAGCAGGGAUCAAUAGGAUCCUUGUUGUUUUUAACGCUCAAUAUGUGGUGAACUUUGAAGUCGAACUCACCUACUAUGAAUGUUUUGCUGCAGAUCUUUUUGUUUGGGUUGUUUAUGCUCUCAAAUCUGAUGUGUUCAAAUUUAGUUUGCUGCUAAACCCCUCACCUUCCAAAGAUUUAUACAAGCUGCCAAAUUUGAUCUUUGAUUAUCCACAUCUGAAAGACUUGUGGUUGAGAAGAUGCAUCCUGGCUCCUCUAACAGUAGUUGAUUGGCCUUCAUUGCGUAGAUUGUACCUUGAGGACAUAGAGUUGCCACAGGACGUACUCGACAAGAUUAUAGCAGGUUGUCCUCUUUUGUACAAGUGUCUUCUAAGCUCAUGUUGGGGAUUCAGUCGUUUUGAGGCCAACAUUCAAAAGUUCACCUUGCUUGGGAUAGGAGACUCUGAAGAUGGAAAUAAGGAUCCCCUGCUCGAAAUUUCAGCACCCCUAGCACAAACUUUAGUUCUUACCCCGUAUCUCCAAGGAAGAAAAUGGCGGAUCACAAACAUCUCUUCCGCAGUUAAAGCUACUAUUGACCUUGUUGGAUCUGAUUGGGAUCCAAGCUGUGAUGAAAUAAUGAGUAAUACCAAAGAUUUUUUAGACAACCUUCAGCAUGUUAACAAGCUCAACCUGGGACGUGAUAUCAUGCAGGUUAUAUCAAUGAUAGCACUGAAUAGCUGGGAACUUUCACAUUCUACCCGACGGUGUUUGGAAGUAAACGUCUCAUGCAAUGAUCUGGACAUUGAUGGUAUCAUAUGCCUGCUUGAAUCUUCUCCAAACCUUGAGACAUUGGUCAUAGAUGGCUAUAGACCCAAAAAGAAUAGCCCCUGUUUCGAUCCAGAAUUGGUGAUAACAUAUGAUUUACGCAGUGAGUUAUUGAAUCUAAAGUCAAUUGAAAUCACAAUAUGGCCUGAUCCAAAUUUCCAAGGUGAACCAAUGAUGAAAUUGGUGCAACUUUUGCUCAAGGGGUGUUCCGUCUUGGAAAAGAUGGUUGUUAAUGUUGUGGGUACAGAUGACAUUGUUAGUGUAAUACAAAAUCUGCUUGCUUACCCGAGAUCCUCACCAAAUGCAGUAAUCUAUGUUCCUUAAUGACAAUCCCUGCAACAUUGAAGGUGUGUUGCUGUGUGAAAUUUGUAAUAGCAAUUCAAUGUUUUCGUUUUUUGGUGGAGAUAAUUUCAACCGUGUAAACUAUCAUACAACUAUGGAAUUGGAAUUGAAAUAAAGGAUCAAACCGGAC